AUGGAUCCGGCAUCAUGUCAAAAGAAAAAUAUUUGCGAUGAACUAGAUGAAUUAGAUCAAAAAAUUGAAGAACUGACCCAAACUGAAACCAACCGAAAGCAGGAUAAAAUAAAGCUUUAUCAUAAAUACAACGAAACCAAAGAUGCAGCGCAAUUAAUAUUGGGAACAUUAGCAGAAAAGGAAGGACUGUCAAUUAAAGAGCUUUAUAAAAAUAUGACAAUUGAUUUUGACAAAUAA